AGAAAACAGAGAGCAUACGAGAGAGCGAAAAAUAGAAAGAAAAUGAAAAUGGGAUCGUCCAAGCGCAAAUCGUCCUUCCGGAUUGAUGACAUUCUGCACCAGCAGCGUGUGGAGCAGCAGAACCUGUUGUACCAGCAUCACCAUGCCAGCCGUCUGGCCGGCACGAGUACCGCCAACAGUUUGUCCAGUGAACCGGGAUCGUUGACACAUUCUGCACCGAGCAGCUACAGCAGUGCUUUACAGAGUCAUGGCAUCCCGACGGACUGUGCUGGUGGUACACCGCCGGGUUCACCCGUACUCGCAUCACCGCUGGCCAUCGGUUCCGGUAGUACUGGCGGCGGUGGCGGUGGAUCAGUUCGAUCGGAAUCGCCCAAAAAACCAACUGCCAUGUAUCCGGGGCUGCUGGACUUUUCGAAAAACGUCAUACCGAUCCCGCUGCAGUUCGGCAUGCCGGCGUUCAAUCCACUCAAUGCGGCAUACCUGGAGCAUUAUGCGUCAGUGUUACAUAAAGCUUCCCCGCGUGUUUGGCCCUUCUACCCCCAUCCGUACAGCUAUCUGCUGCCAACCUGCGGCUCCAAGCGCAAGGGCGGUCAGGUCCGAUUUACGCCCCAGCAGACGCAAAGUUUGGAGAAACGAUUUUCCAACCACAAGUACCUUUCGCCGGAAGAUCGUCGAAAUCUAGCAAUUCAGCUGAAGCUUAGUGACCGACAGGUUAAAACGUGGUUCCAAAAUCGUCGCGCUAAAUGGAGAAGAGCCAACAGUGGCUGCCAGCAGUCGACGGACGUGCUGGGUUCGGCCGAUGGUUUGGGUGACGCGUCGAAAGCCUCCUCCGGAACGGGAAUGUCCCGCACCCAGAAGUACUUGGGCGAGAAGGACGACGAGGACGAUGAUGAUGAAGGGACGGCUCGGUAUGGUAGGAGAACCCCGUCCUCGAUCGACUAUGACGGCAAAAGCUCGGACUGCUACUCGGACCGUGGCUCGAGCGAGGAUCGCGACGAGGAGGAAGAUGAUCCGGCUUCACCGAUCGAUGUUAUGUAGUGCCCGCAAGAGGGGUAAUCACCAGGCGCGUCCACAUUGUACAUAAGCCAUUGAGUGGGGUCGAAUUAAGCGAGUGUCUUAGGGUAAGGUUAGAUAGAAAAUGUUAGUAGUCCGUAAUUUUGUGAAAUAAAUGUAAGAAUGUUAAUUAUGAAACACUUUAA